AUUAUGGCACUGAAACAGAUUUCCAGCAACAAAUUCUUUGAGGGUUUCCAGAAGGUGUUUGAACAUGACAGUAUAGAGUUAAAAUGCAAAAUGAGGUUUGGAAUCUAUUUGCCACCAAAAGCAGAAAUUGGAAAGUGUCCCGUGUUGUACCGGCUCUCAGGAUUAACUUGCACAGAACAGAACUUUAUUACCAAAUCUGGUUUUCAUCAAGCUGCAGCUGAACAUGGCCUCAUUGUAGUUGCACCAGAUACCAGCCCACGUGGCUGCAAUAUUGAAGGAGAAGAUGAGAGCUGGGAUUUCGGCACAGGUGCUGGUUUUUAUGUAGACGCCACUGAGGAACCAUGGAGAACCAACUAUAGAAUGUACUCAUACAUAAAGGAUGAGCUGCCUAAAUUAAUAAAAGCCAAUUUCCCAGCUGAUUCAGAAAGGAUGUCUAUUUUUGGGCACUCAAUGGGGGGUCAUGGAGCUCUUAUCCCUGCUUUGAAGAAUCCUAGAAAAUACAAAUCUGUAUCAGCAUUUGCUCCUAUCUGCAACCCAGUUCAGUGUCCCUGGGGGAAGAAAGCCUUUGGUGGAUAUCUGGGAUCAGAUCUAACUAAAUGGAAGGCAUAUGAUGCUACCCAUCUUGUGAAGUCUUAUCCAGAUUCCCAUCUCGACCUCUUAAUCGAUCAAGGCAAAGAUGACCAGUUCCUUUCAGCAGGGCAGUUACUGCCUGACAACUUUAUUGCAGCCUGCACACAGCGGAAAAUCCCUGUAGUUUUUAGAUUGCAACAGGGCUAUGAUCACAGCUACUUCUUCAUCGCUACGUUUGUUAAUGAUCAUAUCAGACACCAUGCAAAAUACCUCAGUGCUUGAAGCGUACGAGUCUCUUCUGUCCAGUACAAGUCAAUAUUUACACAAAUGUUAACAAAAAUCACUUGCUGAAUUAGUGCCUAUAA